CGGGUCCGACGGUACUCGCGUGAUCCAACAGCAAACUGACUUCCCCGUAGUUAAGAGACGGAGAGAUUUCCCAGGGCCACAACAAGGCUCCGCAGAGACAGCGCGCGAAGCCCUACAAUGGACUCCUCGGGUGACCACGCCAGUGCGCCGUCGGUGAAGAAGAGUGCACGGGCGUCGUUGCUGGACAGCGGAGAGGACUUCGAGGUUUUAGAUGAAGAAGACAUUGACGACGACCCUCCCCCUCUGGAAGAUGCCGGGGGUGGGAAAGGGAGAAACCCCGAUGAGUCUGAAAAUAAAAAUGCAGACUCUGAUUUAGACCCUCCAGAGCCGGUGGAGGAAUGGCUGGAUGUAUUGGGUAAUAACCAUCUGAAGAAAAAGGUCCUGGAGUCCGGGGAAGGGAGGGACAGUCGGCCACAGAAAGGACAGAAUGUAAAGAUUAAUCUUAAAACCUACUUGAAGGACGGGACACUUGUGGAGGAGCAGUCUGACCUCUCUUUCACUCUCGGAGACGGAGAUGUCAUCCAGGCUCUGGAUCUAACAGUGCAACUCAUGGACAUGGGAGAGAAGGCCCUUGUCCAGGCCGAUGCAAAAUAUUCAUAUGGUGUCCGGGGGAGUCUUGAGCCUGAGGUUCCCCCCAACUCUGAGCUAUCUCUGGAAGUGGAACUGCUGAAAGCUACUGAUGCUCCAGACCUGGAGCUGCUGCCCCCCGUAGAGAAGAUCAGCCUGGCCAGCCUCAAGAGAGAGAGGGGCAACGUUCAUUAUCAGCGUGCGGACUAUGCUUUUGCAGUGAAUUCAUACAGCAUUGCCCUGCAGAUAACAGAGUCGAGUUCUAAAGUUGACAUUACUCCUGAGGAGGAAAGCGAGAUGAUGGACGUCAGAGUGAAGUGUUUAAACAAUAUGGCUGCUUGUCAGCUGAAACUGGACCACUAUAACGCCGCACUGAAAUCUUGCGUCUCAGCACUGGAACACCAGCCAGACAACAUAAAAGCACUUUUCCGAAUGGGCAAGGUACUAGCCGUGCAAGGUGAAUAUUCAGAAGCCAUUCAAACUUUGAGGAAGGCGCUGAAGUUGGAACCCAGCAACAAGACCAUCCACGCAGAGCUCUCCAAGCUGGUGAAGAAGUACUCUGAGCAGAGAGUGGCGGAGCAGGCCAUGUACAAGAAGAUGCUGGGUAACCCCGGCGGCAGCAGUGGCGGCGUCUCUCAGCAGAAGCUCCGGGCCAAGUCGACAUGGGCCCUCAGCUGGAAAUGGCUGUUCGGUGCCACUGCGGUAGCCAUUGGCGGUGUAGCAUUAUCCGUUGUCAUAGCUGCUAGAAAUUGAACCGCGCCUGUGAUGAGCUUGACCAAACCCCUGAAAUGUGAGGCUCCACACAGAAGCACAUCUGGCAGCGCCUUCUGACCUUCGGUGAAGGGUCGGUCUGUUGCCUCGUCACUGUCGCUCACCUUUCUCUGCUAUGUUUGAGAACUAUAUUUGGCAAAUAUUUUAACAUCUAUAUUUACAUAUGGGAGCUGUAUCUCCAACAUUAUAAAUGUGUCUGUUUAUGCAUAUCCGUCAUGUUGCCAGGCACUGUUUUCCUUUUUUGCUGCCAUCGUUUGCGUCUUUGGGAGUUAAAGCUGACAUUUAGGCGAGCAUCGAAAUGUAAAAUAAUCUACCAUAGAUUCAGAUGAGAGCUAUUUACGUAUAUUUUUCCUAUUAAGAAUAGCUUUUGUGAUAUGGUCCUUUUUUGUUGUGCUGUAGUUUUAAAGAGUCACGACUGGGCAGCUUAAUUAAUAAUUCCUAUCUACGAGAAUGUGAUUUCACUUUGUUUAAAUUACGGUACAAUGUUUCCUAUAUGUCGACUGGCGUAAUGCAGAUGCUCAAUGAUUUGAGGUCCACGGCUUGGCAAAGUAUCUGGCUUGUGUGCUCGCGCUCGCACGCUUUCUACAGACUCCACUCGUACACUGGAGGAGCAGAAGAAUACAGACCGCUGCACGUUCAUGCACAGCUUCUGUUGUGGAAGUCGAUUGUUGCGCAGUUCAAUGGUGCGUCGUGAGGCUCGAGCUUGUUGUGAUAUUAUUCUGAAAGGUGUUCCUUAAAUUGUAUCCACCUAAUUUCUGUAUGUCUGUAGAGGAGCAAACGCAUAAUGAACACCUCACAGAAUAAUGCCAUUAACUAAAAUACACGAGACAGUUGCCCAGCCCCAUAUCUGACACUGUCAACAGCAUCACGAAUAAUAACAUGAAGUAGCAUCAAUGCUGUGGGUUUAUAUAUUCUUGAUCACAAUGUAUACAUAUAUUUAAGAAGUUGCUGUCCUCUACUUUCAUUUCAAUGUUUUUGUUAAUUGAGGUGCGCUUAUUACAUUGGAACAGAUAAUGGUGCGUAGUUUCUCAGAUGUGGCUAUGGAGGACAGUUUAUUUUUCUUAUUCAAUUCCAGUCAAUUAUACCUCAUUUUUUGAUGAUUAAGACCAAAUGUUGAAGACUGUCACUUCAAGUACAAUGUGUGUGUGUGUGUGUGUGUGUGUGUGCGUGUAUAUUGAUUUAUUUUCUUUGGUCCCCUCCAUGUUUUGCUUGUGAAGUAUUUCCUGAAAUGAUGUUGCUUUGAGUGUUUAUUUCGCUGUUAUGCCAUUGUUUUCUUACAGUUAAUGAGUAUGUGGCCUCUUCAGAAUAGAUUGUCGUCCUACAUAGCCAAAAGUUGCAAAAAUCUAACCAGUUGGUGGCAAAUGAGGUGGUCAAGAAAGUUACAAGCAUUCCUUGUAUUUGUUAAUUUUAUAUUGAUCACAAUAAAAUGUGUCUGUCAUCAAG